AUGUCGACGGAGUCACACUUCCUGUUACAUUUGGAGCACGAGUCUCCCGUCAUGAGCAUGUCACCGUGGAGUUCUGGGGACGAGGUCGAGGGAAAGGCAUAUACAGUUAUUCAAAUUCUCUCCGAUAAUCACAAUCUUUAUUACUCUGUAUGGUGUACUAACGAGCACGAACUUUAUGAUCUGUCGAUACGUGGUGUAAUUAAAUGCACAGGCUCAAGCACCGGACUGACGAGAGCGAUAGACCGAUUCCUACCAGAUGCACAAUGUGUACCCAACCAAAAAACUGAGACACGCAUGGCCGAUCCUCGGGCGUCCAGUUGA